AUGUCAUCGCCCAAAGAUUACAUUCUUGAGACGUAUCCAGAUUUAAAAGAGUUACUGAAUCGUAAUAAUCUAGUGAAAUUCACCGUGAGACCCAAGCCAGGAAUCUUUAUUAAGUAUGUUAAGCUUCCAUUGUUGAUAAUACUAUCAACGAUACUGAUAACUUAUUUGACAUACUUGUUCAAAUUUGGAGGGUAUUGCAGUAUUCUAGCUUCACAAUUAAAUCAUAAGGUGAUAGUGUUAUCUUCAAUGAUUAUGAUUACAUAUUGUUGGAAUGAAGCCGAGGAUUCAAUGACAGUUAUUAAAGACUUAGGAAUUCAACUACAUUCAUCGCCUAAAUGGAGAUUUUUCAAGAAUCCUAAGAAAAGCAAUCAAAAUUUCAUACCAUCUUCGGAUAUAAUGGAUAUUGUAAUACAUGAUAUUUUCCACGGAUAUGGACAGACAAUAUUCUGCUUAUAUAUAUUAAUGAAGAGCGGAGAUCAAAAGGCUAGUUAUAUUGGCGGUAUUCAGCGAGAGACGAAUCUGAAUCCAAUCAAGGUGAUUUUCCCUCAAUUGAUGCCCAGAAAGAAGAUAUUAUUAGAAGUUUAUUAUAAUAGUAGGAAAGUUUUAUUUGGAGACCAAAUAUACUGGAGGAAAUCGAACAAAAUUACAAAAGGAUGA